UUUAACUGAAACCAGCCGUGUCUAAAUGAACUGUGAAGUAUAUUAAGCUAAAACAAAAGUUCAAAUUUUGGUUUACGCUUAAAAGACCUUUUGGAGCAAUUCAUUUCCCAACUAGCAAUUAUAGAGGUGGAAGAGUAACAAAGGCAAAGUCCAACACAAAUAAAGAGGUGGGGAAUUGGAGUGUAAAGGAAGGGUUAGAAAGCAGGAAAUGAAAUGGGGGAUUUACCAAUAGUACGAUUUGAGGAGAAAAUCAUAGAAACAGUUGAAGAAAACCCAGUAGUGGUAGUUAUUGGUGAGACUGGUUCUGGUAAAAGUACACAACUUCCUCAAAUACUCUAUAGAAGAGGUUAUGCUAAAUCUGGAAUCAUUGCUGUUACUCAGCCUCGCCGUGUUGCUGCUGUUUCUGUUUCUAGACGAGUUGCACAGGAGCAAAAUGUUCAAAUUGGAGAGGAAGUUGGUUAUGCUAUAAGAUUUGAAGAUAGAACUUCGGAGAAAACACGUAUCAAAUAUCUUACGGAUGGAGUGCUCCUCCGCGAGAGUCUUUUCAAUCCGGAGCUGAAUCAGUAUUCCGUCAUCAUAUUGGAUGAAGCACAUGAGAGGAGUUUGAACACGGAUAUAUUGCUAGGUCUAAUGAAAAGAUUAAUCAAAUGGCGUCACUCAAACUUGAAAGUUUUGAUCACAUCAGCAACUCUUGACGGUGGAAAGGUAUCUAGGUUCUUCUCUGAUUGCCCCGUCCUUACUGUACCUGGAGAGUUGUUUCCCGUGGAAAUAGUACACAUCUCAGAGCGUCCUAAAAACUAUGUCGAGGCUUCUUUAAAAAAGGCUAUUGAUAUUCAUGUACGGGAGCCAGAAGGGGACAUUUUAAUUUUUAUGACUGGGCAGGAUGACAUAGAGAAGUUGGUACUGAAGUUGGAGGAAAGAGUUCAAAGCUUAGAAGAAGGUUCUUGUAUGGAUGCCCUAAUCCUUCCUCUUCAUGGAUCCUUGCCACCUGAGAUGCAGGUGCGUGUUUUCAGUCCUCCACCUCCAAAUUGUAGGCGGUUUAUUGUUUCUACAAAUAUUGCUGAAACUUCCUUGACUGUUGACGGUGUCGUGUAUGUUAUCGACUCGGGGUAUGUGAAGCAACGGCAAUAUAACCCAUCGACUGGCAUGUACUCUUUAGAGGUUGUUCAGAUUAGCAAGGUGCAGGCAAAGCAGCGGGCAGGACGUGCUGGAAGAACACGUCCUGGAAAGUGUUAUCGUUUAUAUCCCUCUAUGGUUUACCAUGAUGACUUUUUGGAUGUGACGGUUCCUGAAAUACAAAGGUCUUCACUGGCUGGAACUGUACUUUAUUUGAAGUCCUUAGAUCUUGCCGAUAUGGAUAUUCUCAAAUUUGAUUUUCUCGACUCUCCUUCCGUCGAGUCUCUUGAGGAUGCCUUGAAGCAAUUAUAUUUAGUCGAUGCAAUUGAUGAAAAUGGUUCAAUCACAAGUCUUGGACGAAAGAUGGCUGAGCUUCCAUUGGAACCUUCUCUUUCGAGGACCUUAUUAGAGGCAAAUGAGUUGGAUUGCUUGUCCCAAGCAUUGACUGUUGUUUCCAUGUUGUCUGCUGAGACCACAUUGCUUCCUGCCCCAAGUAAGAGCUCUGAUAAGAAGAGGAAGCACACUCCUUCGAACCUUCCUGAUGGUUUUGGCUUGGGUGAUCACAUCCAGCUACUCCAAAUUUAUGAGCAAUGGUACCAGACUGACUACAACAUAGACUGGUGUAAAGAGAACAACUUACAGGUCCGCGGGAUGGUGUUUGUGAGAUCUGUCAGGAAACAGUUAUCUCAAAUAAUGCAAAAAAUUUCUGAAGGCUCAUUAGAUGUCCAAACAAGCAAAACACGGAGAGACGGCCAACAGGAGUACAGAAAUUUGAGGAAAGCACUGUGCAUUGGCUAUGCAAAUCAGCUUGCUGAACGGAUGAUUCGACAUAAUGGGUAUCGGCCUCUUGGUUUCAAGUCUGAACUCGUACAGGUCCAUCCAUCUUCUGUGCUAAAAUCAGAUGAGGAUGGGAUGCUUCCAAACUACGUCGUCUAUCAUGAAUUGAUAGUUACUUCACGCCCAUUUAUGCGUAAUGUAUGUGCAGUUGAGAUGCGAUGGGUUGCGCCAAUCUUAGCGAAGCUUGAGAAACUAAAUGUCUUUAAACUGAGUGGGGGAUCUAACCAGCCUGAUAAGGAAAUUCAAGAAGCAACUUCAACUGUGGAAAAGAAAGAAAUUGCUGCAGUUCAGUCACCUGAAGACCGUGACAGCAAGAUACAAGCUGCUCGGGAAAGAUUUCUAGCUCGGAAAGGUCAGAAGUAGCAUUACAGUGGUUGUUCGACAGAUUGAUCGGUUAUCUGCAGGGACUGUCUUUGCCUCAAAAUUGCUUGCUGCUACGCUGGAAUAGUACUAGUGUAACCCUUUCUUAAGCUUUAUGAUGAGAGGGUGCAAUUCUCCCAUUUGAUGCAGAAAUCUAGCCCAUCUGAUUCAUGAGUGGCACCAAACAUGUAUUAAGAGUGCUCAGAUGGAUUAUAUACCUUUCUCGGCCUUUUGAGUAAGAUCAAGUUUAGUGUCUGUUCCUGAUCAGUUUAAUAUCUGAUAUGUGGGCUAUCGGUCCACGUGAUAUGAAGAAGAACGGUGAGUUGGAUUCUUGAUCUCAACUUCUACAAGAAGAGGGAGCAGCAGUUGAUGUUUUCAAAGUGGCAGAGCCCUCUACUAAGAAACAAUAAAAUUGGUGAGGAAACAAACAAGUUAUAACCUGUGUUGUGGUUGAGUGAGUAAUUGAUGAACACUUAUAUGGAUGAAAGACUCCUCCUCAACCAUCAAGAAUGGCAAAGUUCACUAUGCCCAUGACUGUAUUUGUGCAACUAACACCCAAUAUAUAACGUCAGAGGUAUGUGACAGUAGGACGUUUUCAAAAUUCUCAAUUGACUCAUAAAUUUUGAAACUAGUGCCUUUUUUUGCGACCGAGGAAUUUUCAAGGGUCAGCUGGCGCAUGGUUUGAGAUAGUGUAUAAUGAGUUUGCCUUUUACUCUUCUCCAUUUAAAUACUACUACUAGGUUUUGAUUUGCAGUUCUGUUUGAUCUCCUAACACGUGUUUAACCCUUACAUCGUGUGCGUUUUUACCACUAAACUAAAUCUGUAAGAGCCAGAAGCUGUUACGAUCUGUCUCAAAGGUUUCUUUUCUUUUGGAUGACAUAAUUAUAUCUCGUCUGUUUA